GCGCUCUUUCCGGUUCCUCGCCGUCUGCUGCGUGGUUGUGCCUAGCACACAUAUUCGUAUUAUACAGCCGUAUCUUACGAGAGAGGAUUAAUUCAUAAUCAUGUCAUACCACGACGAAGAAGAGACGACCUACGAUACCUAUGCCUACUCGAAUGACUACGACCUGCACACAGGUGACCCGAAAGCAGACUUAGCCUAUGAGCAGCAGACCUACCAUGUCAUCCCGGAGGUGAUUAAGAACUUCCUACAAUAUUUCCACAAAACCACCUCUGACCUCAUUGACCAGAAGGUUUAUGAGCUCCAGUCCAACCGUGUAUCCAGUGAGAGCAUUGAGCAGAAGAUCUAUGAGAUCCAAGAUGUCUAUGAGAACAGCUGGAACAAGCUGACUGAGCGUUUCUUUAAGACCUCUCCUUGGCCAGAGGCUGAAGGCAUUGCUUCGCUUGUUGGCAAUGAUGCUGUUUUUCUGAUCCUUUAUAAGGAACUUUACUACAGACACAUCUAUGCCAAAGUCAGCGGGGGGCCUACUUUGGAUCAGAGGUUUGAGUCAUACUACAAUUACUGCAACCUCUUUAACUACAUUCUGAAUGCAGAUGGCCCCGCCCCUUUGGAACUGCCCAAUCAGUGGCUCUGGGACAUCAUUGAUGAGUUCAUUUAUCAGUUCCAGUCCUUCAGUCAAUACCGCUGUAAGACGGCAAAGAAGUCAGAGGAGGAGAUUGAUUUCCUGAGGAACAACCCGAAGAUUUGGAACGUCCACAGUGUCCUUAACGUGCUCCACUCACUGGUGGAUAAGAGCAACAUCAAUCGUCAGCUGGAAGUCUACACCAGCGGAGGAGACCCAGAGAGUGUGGCCGGAGAGUAUGGGCGCCACUCCUUGUAUAAGAUGCUGGGAUACUUCAGCUUGGUGGGACUGUUGAGGCUGCACUCGUUGCUUGGCGAUUACUACCAGGCCAUCAAAGUCCUGGAGAACAUUGAGCUCAACAAGAAGAGUAUGUACUCACGUGUGCCAGAGUGUCAAAUCACCACCUACUACUAUGUGGGCUUUGCUUACCUAAUGAUGAGGAGGUACCAGGACGCCAUCCGAGUCUUUGCCAACAUCCUGCUGUAUAUCCAGAGGACCAGGAGCAUGUUCCAGAGGUCUACAUACAAAUAUGAGAUGAUCAACAAGCAGAAUGAGCAGAUGCAUGGCCUGCUGGCCAUUGCCCUCACCAUGUACCCCAUGCGAAUUGACGAGAGCAUCCAUACACAGCUGAGGGAGAAGUACGGGGACAAGAUGUUGCGUAUGCAGAAGGGAGACCUGCAGGUGUUCGAGGAGCUCUUCAGUUUUGCCUGUCCCAAGUUCCUGUCACCUGUGGUACCCAACUAUGAUAAUGUCCACCCCAACUACCACAAAGAGCCUUUCCAACAGCAGUUGAAGGUCUUCGCCGAGGAGGUGCAGCAGCAGGCACAGCUCUCCACCAUCCGAAGUUUCCUAAAGUUGUACACCACCAUGCCAGUAGCUAAACUGGCAGGCUUCCUGGACAUGACUGAACAGGAGUUCCGAAUCCAGCUCCUGGUCUUCAAACACAAGAUGAAAAACCUGGUGUGGACCAGUGGUAUCUCGGCCCUAGAUGGAGAGUUCCAGUCUGCCUCUGAGGUGGACUUCUACAUCGACAAGGACAUGAUCCACAUUGCAGACACCAAAGUGGCUCGUCGUUAUGGGGACUUUUUCAUCAGACAGAUCCACAAGUUCGAGGAGUUGAACAGGACAUUGAAGAAGAUGUCAGCAACCGGCAGCUCUACGGCAGCAGGGACCGCCACCAGCCGAGGAGUCUGACCAGGAGACUCCUUCAAGUCUUAUUGGAAAAAUAAAAACUAAUAUUGACAAAACAUUUUUCUAUGUAAUGAUGGUAAAAAAAAAAAAAAAAAAGGAGUGGGGUUCCAAAAACAGCAACAACCUUGCCUCAUGUUUUGUGUUGC